AUGUUUGACACAUCUUCAACAACGGGCCUUACUGACACCAACACCACCUCCUUCCUCGUCAAAGAUAUGUCGAAUCCUCCUUCCUCUUAUCUAGCACCCCCGUACCCUGCACCCACCUUAUCGACGAACUACGGAGCAGCAUAUCCCAUGUACAGUUCCCCCUACAUGCCAUCGCCGCCCCCUUACAGAUAUAGGUUCCCGAUUCGUUCACCGCAACAGGGAGAUUUCAUUCCCCAAGACACCCCUGAUACUAUGCUAUCCUUGGAGCGCUCCUCAGAACCAUGUGAACCGUCGACUGUUGAAGAACUUUCUUCCGGAACUCAUCUGGUACAAGAUUCAUCAGAUGCAUCCAUUAUUCAGGGCGACCCGGAUGAAGAAGACACCUCAACGAAAUACGACGUCCGCAGAGCUUUCGCAGAGCGCUGUCGCUGCUCCUUAAAUACAUGUAUCACGGCGAUAGUUUUCUUGGCCGUUGUCCUCCUGCUGUUUCUAGGUUCGGCAAGCAAGCUUCUUCGAAUGGCAGGAGAAGAGUACCAGGACAGCAUCCCUAUGAUAAACAUCAGACAUUGGCUUCUACCUCGAACAACACAGACCGAUGACAACACGACAACCAGCGCGGGUCCCAUGAAGUUGGUACAGUGCACGUCGGCAGCGUGCAAGUGGGAAGGGCAGUACUUGAUGGACAAGCUCAACUAUUCUGUGGACCCAUGUGACGACUUUUAUUCUCACGUCUGUUCAGCGGAUUGGUUCACGGACAACCACGAUGCCAACCCUUACAUGUACCGAGCUUCCGCAGCAUUGAUGCAGGACUUUUGGAAAUACCUGCGUGGUAAGCGCUCCAGCGCUCCUUCGUUUGUACGACAAGUGGCGUUCUUGGCUCGAGGUUGCGUGGAAGAGAUUAAAGUUGAUAGUGAGUGGACAGCUUUUCGCAAUAUUUUGGAGAGCCUACAGAUAUCUGGCUGGCCAUAUGUGAGUGAUGUGCACGACACGGAGCCUCACGACGUCGCCAAAGUCGCCGAUAAGUUUCUGGGGACGUCCAUUUUGGUCUCGCCGCUGCUUCAAGAACGACAUCCUGAUCGAGAGCCUGAACUUCACAUCGAUUCCCCACCCAUUUUCUUACGGCGCUAUGCCACCCUGUUUCCAGACGAACGCCUGAGGACCUACAGAAACUUCGUCUUCAACGUGAUGUCAGUAUGGAAGAGACCUUCGCAACUAACUUCUAACCUGUCACUUGAGAUCGUACACCUGGAACAUAUGAUGUCACAAGCAGCCGCCCAUUCUUCUCGCAGCGUACCUGCUAUCCACAAGACGAAGCCAGUUGCUUCGUUCAAGGCACUGCGCCACUGGGACUGGGUUAACUACUUAUCUUUUUUCCUACAAGAUGCAGUGCCGAAACCAGUCACCACUAAUGUAGUCCUACUCGAUCCGCUGUACGUGGAGGAGCUGUCGGGAAUACUAAACCACGUCAAGCGACGCACCCUCAUCAACUACAUUGGUUAUCGCUUAGCAGUAACGAUGUCUCCAUUGCUACCAAGUGGGAAGGCAGAUUUCAUGCUUCAGCUAAGUCACCAGCAUCAGUUAGGAGUGGGUGUGCCCGAACGACUGCAAGCUUGUAUGUUUAUGCUGGAACGAGCUUACCCAUUCGGCAUCUACUUUCUAGUUUGGUCCAUGGUACUGUCGAAGACGAAGUUUCUCACCUCGGGUGCAACCGGCUUCGCAGAGGACAUGAGCCGUUUAGAGGACACCGUACGUGCAGAGAUGAAACAGAUUGCGUCUACCACGGUUUGGAUGCUUCAGAAUGAGUCUUCAAUUGCCAGCUCCAAGAUAGAUCGCAUGAAAAUCCAGCUGAUUCCAGACAUCCAUAAGCUAUCCUUACCUGACUUAUCAUUCCCGCUAUCGCUUCCAGAAACGGGAAAAUUCCUUCAGACGUACAGUAAACUGCUUCGUUUCACCCGGCUUCAAUACUGGGCUGCGAGAGACUUCACUCAUUUCCGCGUCCCGAGAACCCCUACGGAGUCCUCGUUCCUUCCAGGAUUCUCGUACGACCCUCAGCGCAACAUGUUGUCACUUACUCCCGCCAUCAUUGCAUUCGUCGCAAGACUUUCGCAGACGUUCGAUGCUCUUUCUGUACCGUUCUUGGUCGCUCCGUUGCUACGUGGAAUGUUCUCUACGAUAGACCUCCGAGGCAGCUCUGUGGACGCCAACGGAAUCGUACGCAGGUGGUGGUCUACGAAUACAGAGGGCAAGUUUCUCAAUCGGGCGUGGUGCGUUCAAGACGCAUUUGCUGAUGGAAUGAGGCAAUACUCGAAGCGUCAUAUUGAAAGCACGUUAUUUUUAGAGGAGAAUGUAGUUGAUAGUUCCGUAUUACGACCACUGUACGACGUGUUCCUUAACUUUGCAAACAGAGAAGAAUUGAUGGCGACAAUACCGGGGCAGCCGCUGAAUCUUACGUUCCGGAAGCUGUUCUUCAUUAACUAUGCCACCAUGUUCUGUGAGCCCGCCCGUGACGCUAGCCAUGGCAGAAGACAACUUCAGUUCAAGACCGCUGUCCCAUCACAGUUGAGGGUCAAUGUUCCAAUGUCACUAUCCGGCGCAUUUGCGGAGGUGUUUGGAUGCGCUACAGAGUCUCGGCAUACGUGCGCCUUCUGGUGA